ACCGAAAGCGAGUCGAUGGAAACCGUCGAAGACAUAGUGGUCGUGGGGGCUGGAAUUUCCGGUCUAACAACAUCCUUGGGACUCCACAGGCUUGGAAUUCGAAGUUUAGUAUUGGAAUCAUCACACAGAUUAAGGAUCACAGGCUUCGCAUUCACGACGUGGAACAAUGCCUGGAGAGCCUUGGAUGCUAUCGGCAUCGGCGAAUCGCUCCGCCAACGACACGACCUUACACCAAGCAUCCUUGUUGCCUCUACAUUUUUAGUCCAACCAGCAUCAGAGAUAUCGUUUAAGGGUCAUGAAGUUCGUUGUCUUCAAAGGAAAUUGUUGUUGGAAGCUUUGGCAAAUGAACUCCCUGAAGGUACCAUCAGGUUCUCCUCUAAAGUGGUUUCCAUAGAAGGAUCUGGGUUCUUUAAAAGAGUGCAUCUUGCAGAUGGAACUAUACUCAAAACCAAGGUGCUGAUUGGGUGUGAUGGAGUGAACUCAGUGGUGGCAAAAUGGCUUGGUUUAGAGAAGCCUGUGUUCACAGGUCGAUCAGCAAUUAGGGGUACAACCAAGUUCGAAGGUGGCCAUGGUUUUGGACCGAAAUUCCGGCAGUUUGUCGGCAAAGGUGUUCGAUCAGGGUUCCUCCCAUGUAAUGAUGAGGAAGCUUAUUGGUUUUUGACUUGGACUCCAUCCACCAAAGAAGAAGAGCUGGAAGACGAUCCAGUUAAGCUGAAGCAAUUCGUACUGAACAAGCUCGAAGACACACCCGACGACAUGAAAUCCGUCGUACAAAAAACCGAGCUAGACAGCAUCUCAUCAUCCCCAUUAAGAUACAGGAGACCAUUGGAGCUUCUAUGGGGAAAUAUCAGCAAAGGCAAUGUUUGUGUAGCCGGCGACGCCCUCCAUCCCAUGACUCCGGACCUCGGACAAGGCGGAUGUUCCGCCUUGGAAGACGGCGUUGUUCUAGCAAGGUGUCUUGCCGAAGCGUUAUCGAAACCAGCAUCCGGGGAAGGAAUCAACGAAGGAGAAGAAUGUAAGAGGAUUGAAAUGGGGUUGAAGAAUUUCGCUCAGAAGAGGAGAUGGAGAAGCUUUGAUCUCAUUACCACGGCUUAUAUGGUAGGGUUUAUACAGCAAAGUAGUGGGAUGAUUAUGAACUUCUUGAGAGAUAAAUUCUUUUCUAAAUUCUUGCCUGGGAUGCUGUUAAGAAAGGCUGAUUUUGAUUGUGGCAAGCUGGAAUAUUGAUUUUAAUUUCUUUAUCACUGAUU